UAGGAAACACGUGUUCCUUCAUUAUUUAUUGUUAAGUUUUAUAGUUUACAUACUGAAUUAAAUUUGGGGAAAAAUGCCUGGUAGAAGUGUUCUGACUGCAACAUCAGUCGAGGCUUUUAUAAAACAACCUUUUUCUGGACUUGUUCACGAGUCAAAGAGCGAUAGAGUUAAGCGUAACAGAGAUCACAAAUACCAUUCCAUUUUAAAGAAAAUCUAUGGAAACUAUCAGGAAUCAGAUCCUUAUGAAAACAGUUCGACAAGCGAAUCAUCUUCUUGUAGCGAAUCUUCUGAAUCCGAGUACGAAGAAGAUCACGAAUGCACGUAUUUCACUUGUGAAAAUGGCGACUGUAUGAAAUGUGUCAGAGGAAUGAACUGCAUGGUGUGUCCGAUGUGUGAUGCCUGUGUUCAGUGGCGAGGCCCUUGUGUACAGUGCGUAAAGGCCAAGCCUCACUGCCGGGCACUCCACUUCGGCUUCCUUUGUGAGGAUCACAAAAGUAAAAAAUUCUGGGAGAUAGCGGCCAAAUUUGAGGUCAAAAGGCCUUCAGAUAUUUCACUGCACAAGUAUGCACUGAUUCAACAGCACAUAAAUUCUCCUCGUAAUACCAGCCGUAAUUAUUAUGAUGAUAUGAGUGAAGAGGAUGCUGAAGAAGAAGCAGAGUGCAGCUGCACUCAGGCAGUAUGCAAUAUGAAACCGGAAGAACUUAGCCCAGUAUCAACAUAUUUAAGAUAUUGCAAUGACGCAGAUUUAUGCAAAAAGGUAAACUGUACUCGAACCGGUCUAUUUGGUAAGUGCACACAUGAGCAGGUGUCGUCGGAAAUGAAAAUGUUGCAAAAAGCUAAUACACUUUUUGACAUAAUCACCACUGACCACAGACGAGGCUGUUUGAAUACUUUAUGCAAAGCAAGAGAUGUUCCAUGUGUUCGACAGGAGAAGUUCCUUCCUUCAGUUCUCAUAAAAAGACCCUCCAAAGCUUUUGGUUCGAGAUUUGUCGAUUUUGACUUUUUAAAUCUCGAUGAGGCAAUGAUCCUCAGGCCUGAAGUAAAUGCAAUCAAACCAAAUCCACAGCAAGAAAAUGUCGACGAGGAAGAGUAUUUGUCUGAAUGGGAAGCGGACAGUGAAUACCUGACCGUUACAUUAACCGAGUCCAUAAUCCCAUCUGUGUCUAGCAGGGUUCAAAUAUUGCAGCCAAAAGAAUCCGACCUGCCUUUGAACUUUACCAAAGAUGUCAACUUUUCUGAGGACAGGCGGCUGCAGGAGAUCGAGGACUAUUUGAAGAUUCUAAGCGCCCCGGGAACUGACGACCAGCUCUUCAUGGCAGUCUUCGAUCCCAACGACAAGCCUUACUUCAAGACAUACCCACUCGUAGACAAAAUGUACGAUGAAAUGUACGAUGACGAUGCCCUUGGUGGGGCAUCUAUCAACUCUGUGACAUACAAAAGUGACAUUGACGUUGCUGGAAAAUAUGAGCCCAUGUUUGAGCCCAUCGACAGACUGAAGCUCUUUAGGCCCAAAAUGGUAACUGUAGGCAUGUUUCGAACACUCAUCGAUCUUGUCAAUGAAAGCCCGCCGGCUCUUCAGUUGGAGACAUUGUAUCAUUUAUGUGUGAAUGCAAAAGAGUCCGAGGAAUUAUGCAAAGAGCUUGCGGAUGCUGUAUUCAUGGGACAGCUAUUCAACAUAAGGAUGCAGUCUAUGUACGAAUCCAUCAAUAGAUACUGUUAUUAUCUUAUAGCUCUUGCAACGUCGACACAGAAAGGAAGGUGUGUCUUUUAUGAGCUCGGGCCAGAAAUCAUGGCAGACAUCUAUCACCAGUACCUCAGCGAGCCGAGUCUAGCUAUGAGAAGAUUAUCAAUGAAAAUCCUUGCAAAUCUGGUGGAGGACAAUACGCUCAACGCUUGCGGUCCAGUUUAUUUAGAUUACACCAAAACAUUUGCUGCUUUAUGCUCGCCUGAUGUCGAUUUACGCCAUUAUCUUUUAAAUUUUCUGACACACUCGUUGAAAGAUUCAUCAGCACAGGAGGUGAUACUCAAGCUAAAAGAAUUUAGAUUGACACCGGUUGUGAUUGGGUGCAUUAGUAGAAAUGAAAACAUAAGAAUGGCCUCGAUUAGGCUCAUUGAUCAAAUCAUGGAUGCGACAGUCGGACAAGAUAUUAUUCAAGACACAUUCAAAGAGGCUGAGGGUAUCUACAUAGCAAAUGAGUUGCUUAACAAACCUAUGCUGAUAAGAAUGCAUCCAUACAGUGUCCAGAUGCAUACAGCUCUACAGGCGGCACCUAACUUAUUAGAGGAGAUGAGAAUUCUUGGUGCUCUAGAUUCUUUCUUAAAAUUCUUGGGUCAUGUGUUUGAUGCUGAACAGUUGAUCGCUACGCUUAAAGUGGUUUUGAAAGUUACAAUGGAUCCCACCUCGAGACAUAUAGUUGCACACAAUAACAUGCUGGCGAGGAUAUCACCCUAUAUUUCUCAUGGGCACAAUGAAUUAAGUACUCUUGCUUGCACUUGUGUAGCGGCUUUAUGUGAAAAAGACAUAGCGUCAACUAUCGUGAGGCAGGGCGUUAAGUUUAAAAUCAUGCCCAGUCUCGUUGAGGUUCUCCAAGGCGAUAAGUCCUGGUUCCACAGAGAAGAAGCUUGCAAAGCAAUAGCAGCAGCAAUAGAACUGUCACCGAUCUUGGCUGAAGUUUUUAUAAGAACACCUCACUGUGACUUGAUUGUAAAAACUUUGGCAUUGUUUCGAUCACCAACAGAAAUGCCUGAUUACACUAAGUUGCAAUAUGUCAGGAUUAUAUAUGCACUGAUAAAGAAAGAAGUUUAUAGAAGAUUUUUAUAUGAAAACCUAGCGAUCGAAUCACUGGUCGUGUGCUUAAGGUCGGAGCAUUCUCCUGGAGGAGAUAAUUGGCUUAUGGAGUACGUCGUUGCCGCAUUAGGUAGACUCUUUAAGGACAAACAUGCUGUUCAUAUUUUUGCAAAUAUACCAGACAGUUUUGAUGCUUUGACAAAAGCAUUUAUUAACCGGAAGUGUACGGCAGUCCUUCUCACAGGACUCAUCGCAAUGAUCGUAGACUUGUUAAAAAGUUACUCCAAAACAGCCAUCAACUUGAUCAAAUCAGGGUUUUUGAAUUGGCUUGUACAACUUCAGGAUAAAGUCUAUCUUCCCCUUCAGGAGUUACUGAGGGUUGGAAUAAAUGCUAUUGUUUGCGGAUAUCUUCCUUUGAAAUUCAGCCAGCUUGGUUACCUAGAUUACAAAGAUAUUACAAACGUCGACCACUUCUAUGUUUUGAAACAGCCAUAUGACAUUUACGACAACAAGAACAAACACCCGUUCCCAAUCAUAACUGAUAAAAUUCCAAUCACUCUGGACCCAGAGGACACGAUAUACAUUUUUAAAUUACCAAAGUUUAUGAGAGGAGUACCAAGCGCAGAGUUGGGUAAAUCUGACGAUGAGAAUAUUAUAUUAAAGAAAGAACAAGAAGAAGAGAUUAUGAGCAGGUUUAUGAGUUAUGCGCUUGAGUUAGAGGAGGACCAAGAAUUGGAACCCGAUGAAGUCGACGAAGUGCAAGCAUUUUCCCAACUUAUAUCACCUCCGAUUUAUGGUUCACAACCAAACAUAAAAUACUUAAGCCACCAUUUAGAAGAAGUAGGCGAAGGCGAAGAAGAACUGUCUAGCCAUAGAUUCUAUUAUGAUAUUGACACUGAUGAUGAAAUGGAAGAUUAUUUUGACUAUUAUGAACAGAUAGUGGAAGAAUUGACAGAAUUUGAAAUGCCACAAAGUGAAUUGGGUCAUUUGAUGACUCGAAUUAUAGCAUUAGCAAAGGUUGUGUUUUACACAUCAUGUGGGACUGAUGUUGAAAUGCCUGUAACGCAAUACAUGGUCAAGCUUCACGAAGCCGAGCUCAAGGAAGAAACAGGAAAUUACAUCUUGCCUAUGGGCGUACUGGAAUACAGGCACAAGUUUGAAAGAGCUGUAUUAUUCAAGGUGUUAGCGGAUGUGGUCGGUGUUCCCUGCUGGCUUUACAGAAACGACGACUUGAGAAUCGCUUGGAUUGAAGUUUACAUAUCGACAGACGACGAAGUUGAUUAUGUCACAUCAUUCGUAACAUUCGCAAACAUGAAAGCGAACGUGGUUCUUGAUCUGAUGUCUCCGAAACCACCCCGACAUCUUUUCCUUCCCAAAGACUCACCAGAAGCAAUAGCUUAUACCACUACAAUUUAAUUGUCCUUUUCCAUUUCGGAAGACAAUAAAAAUGUUAUACUUGA